AAGCUUAGACAGUGAGGGAGAGAGAGAGGAGGUGAAGAGGGAGAGAAGGGAGAAAGAAGGUAGGAGCAGAGAAGAGAGAGAGUGAGGAGGAGAAGGAGGUGAGGGAAGCAGAAUGGAGACAUGGAGUUAGGUGGCUUGGGAGAGCUUAAUAAAACGACAGCCAACAGGGGGUGUGGAUUAGAAACCAGGAGGUAACCCCAGAGAGAAGCAGAAGGCAGAGAGAGGAGUAGAAGGAUCAGGAGACAGAGGGAUACUGGAGGGUUGGGGAGGAAGGUGGAGAGGCACAGAGAAGGGGAGAGAAGAGAGGAGUGGGUUGGGGGUGGGGUCUCAGUCCCCAGCUGCAUUGGUAUUAGGACUAUUUGGGAACCAGGACUCCCCGUGGGGAGGAGAGGAAGGCUGGAAGUCCUGGAGGGACAGGGUCCCACAGAGAGGAGAGGAGCUGAGAGAGAGGGGCCCGGGGGCUGGGAAGGGGUCUCCCAGAGGCCUCCCCGGGGAUGGGGGGUGCAGCUCGUCUGAGCACCCUUGGAGCGCUGGUACUCUGGGCUGCACUGGGGACGGCAGCUCACAUCGGACCGGCACCUGACCCUGAGGACUGGUGGAGCUACAAGGAUAAUCUCCAGGGAAACUUCGUGCCAGGGCCUCCCUUCUGGGGCCUGGUGAACGCAGCCUGGAGUCUGUGUGCGGUGGGGAAGCGGCAGAGCCCCGUGGAUGUGGAGCUGAAGAGGGUCCUUUAUGACCCCUUCCUGCCCCCACUGAGGCUCAGUACUGGGGGAGAGAAGCUCCGGGGAACCCUGUACAACACAGGUCGCCACGUCUCCUUCCUGCCUGCACCUCGGCCUGUGGUCAAUGUGUCUGGGGGUCCUCUCCUUUACAGCCAUCGACUCAGUGAACUGCGGCUGCUAUUUGGAGCACGUGAUGGAGCUGGCUCUGAACACCAAGUCAAUCACCAGGGCUUCUCUGCUGAGGUGGUGCAGCUCAUCCACUUCAACCAAGACCUCUAUGGGAACCUCAGCGCUGCCUCCCGGGGCCCCAAUGGCCUGGCCAUUCUCAGCCUCUUUGUCAAUGUGGCUGGUAACUCAAACUCAUUCCUCAGCCGCCUCCUUAACCGUGACACCAUUACCCGCAUCUCCUACAAAAAUGAUGCCUACUUUCUUCAAGACCUGAGCCUGGAGCUCCUAUUCCCUGAGUCCUUUGGCUUCAUCACCUAUCAGGGCUCUCUCAGCACCCCGCCCUGCUCAGAGACUGUCACCUGGAUCCUCAUUGACCGGGCCCUCAAUAUCACCUCCCUCCAGUUUCCCGCCCCCUUCCCGCGGCAGAUGCAUUCCCUGAGACUCCUGAGCCAGAAUCCUCCAUCCCAGAUCUUCCAGAGCCUCAGCGGUAAUGGCCGGCCCCUGCAGCCCUUGGCCCACAGGGCCUUGAGGGGCAACAGGGACCCCCGGCACCCCGAGAGGCGCUGCCGAGGCCCCAACUACCGCCUGCAUGGAUUUGCACCGUCUUGGAUACUGGAAUCUUGCAAGCUACGCUCGCCCGCGCCCUGGGCAGACACUGGCCGGAACCACAGGAGUGUACCGCUGACUGGCAGGCCAGCUCUUCGCCUCUCCAUGAGCCCGUGAGCCAGCGGGCAGGUGCCCGGCGAUGGCGCGGCCC